AUGCCUUAUCAGCUUGCAGUCUCGGAUGCAAGGGAUCGUGGCAUCAAUCCACUAUAUGCAGGAAUUGUACAAGAAAUAUCAUUAGCCGAGAAUGCAGUUGAUUUGAUUUUAAUUGUAUCGCCAAAUUACUUAUUAUUUUAUGAUUUUGGCGAUUCAAAGCUACUUUAUCAAUUUUCAUGGUUAGAACUUACAAAUUUUAACUAUUCUGCUUAUAAUAUACAGUUAACUUUUGGAAAUUCGAAAUUUAAUUGUUUUUCGGAAGAAGUUAAUCAGAUACUUUUGACAAUUUCAGAAUCAUUACAGAAAAUAUUAAAGACACAUGAACUCAACGCUAUUGGGUUUACUCCAUAUAAAAAUUUAAUUUACGAACCAACACCAGAAUCAAUAAUUUCACGUGUGGAACUUUACUGCAAGCAAAAAGAUAUCCAAAUGACACAGGAUAUUCAAAUAAGUCUCUAUGAUUUUCUUACUUUUUCAAAUUCUUCGAUUUCUAUUCGCCAAUUUCAAAACCAAAAGAAUAUUUUACCAAUACUAUGUGAUAUACUGCCACUUGUCAAAAGCAUUGUAAGUGUAGAACUCUCCAAAGUCCAAGGAUUAGAUCUAUUUCACCACGCAUCAUAUAUUUCACGGGAGAAAUCAAACAUUCAGCAUAUAAGUAUUAACGGAAAAGCUACAGAGUCAUUUAGUUCAUAUCUAGACCAAAUAAUGAAAAAUAACGAUCUCAAUCUACAAGGAUUGACAUUUUCUAACUCAUUAUUCGCAGAUUCACAACUAGACCAGUUGAAAGAAGUCGUAAUUGCUAAAGAAAUCCGAUCUUUAGGUUUUCAAAGAGCAAUAUCAGACGAAAACAUGAAAUAUUUCUGUAAAGAGUUCAUAAACAGUAGGGUUGGAGACAUUUUAGUUUAUUUAAAUCUGGAUUUCUCAUCAAAUAUAAGGUUAUCUUUAAUUUUCCCAAAUAUCCCGAAUAUACAAUACUUAUCGCUAGAAAAAUGUGACCUAGAUAUAGCAGAUGUACUAAACUCCAUCACAAAGUAUAGAUUAAACAAUUUGAAAGCGAUAAAUUUAUCUGCGAAUAAUAACAUCGAUACGAAUUCAUUAGACUCAAUAAUUCUACCAGAAUCAUUGGAAUCAAUAUCAGUGGAUAACAUAAAAUGGAUGGAUGAUGGUUUAUUGCACUUUUUCCAAAUGAUUGAAAAUAAUUAUAAUGAAAAAGGAGUUAGAUUAUCAAUUGUCAAUGCAAGAUGCCCAAAUAAAGACUGGGAAGCGUUUUUCAGCUACUUAAACCAGUCAAAUUUGAAGACAAUUUGCUCAUUAGUCUGGGAUCGCAAUCCUGUUAACAAUAUCCUAUUCGACUUUCUUCUUUUGAAUGAGGACUUGUCAUAUUUAUCUGUUAAUUACUGUUUCAGGGACAAUGAUCCAGAUUUAAUUCAAUUAUUUGCAAAUUUCUUGAUAAACUCGCCAAAUUUACUUCAUUUAUGCGUCAGAGGUAAGAAAUAUGCUACAAUAGGUUCAUAUAUUUCAAUAAUUGUUGAUUCCGUGUUUAAUUCGAACUUAAUUUACUUAGAUCUCUCAUUUAACGGAGGAGGAGAUGAUUCCAUCAUCUAUAUACAAGAUUUAUUCGAUUCCAACCUCCAAGUCUUAGUUGCUGAUGGUUUAUGUCCAGAUUCUUUACCAGUUUUUAGAGAUUUCUUAGAAACAGCAGCCAACAGCCAUGUUUUCCUUUCAUUCCCUUCAUCUGAUGCUUCUUUCAUUAUAUCACAGGAAUCUGGUGACAAAGAAUCAUUAAUGAGAGAUUUUUAUCGAAUUUUGGAUGAAAAUCAACAAAAAAGUGACAACUUUUAUAGUGUUUUCAUUGAUGAAAGGGAUUCAAGGUUUCCUCAAUACAUUGAUGCAACAAACAUCUCUAUUUCUAUGAAUGAAACACGAUUUGAACCAUCAAAACAAUUGUUUGAGCUUAGUUACGCUAAAUCUGCAGAAGUUCUCAAUAUAAACACCCCUCCUGAACAUGUAGAAGAGAGUUUGAUAAAGAGUCCGACCAAAGACUUCUUUGAACCAUAUAAAAAUCAUAAAAGAAAGAGAUUAAGAACGAAAACAAAAAUUGAUUGGAUAUCUCCUACGAAAAACAAGCCAGAUUCACCAAAACUACCAUUAGUUCCUGGAGUUAAGAGACCCAAACAGAACACGCAUGUCAGUAUCAUGGUCAAUAACGAUGAUUUUGAUGAUGCAGAAGAUUAUAUUCAAAAACCAAUGUCAAGUAAGCGCCGUAACCGAUCAGUUCCUGCAAACUUGGUAUCCAGAACCAUGGAUAACCCCAUGAUUGAUGGCUAUACCAAUCUCAGUGACGGAGGAGACGUAUCUAAUAUCCAAUCAACACUGGCGAACGCUGGAGAUGUUUCCCUAAACCAGAAUGAUGUAAAUGAAGCACCACUGUUCAUCCAGAAAUCAGUUUCAACUGAAUUAAAUGUUGAUUUGGAAACAAAUAACCAAACAACAGAGAUUAGAACGAAAUCUCUUAGAGAAAGAAAGAAAAUUAGAAAGAGCUCGAACGUAAUUUCUAAAUGGGACUUCCCAAUUCCGUCUCUACCUGAAACUGGCGAAGAUAUUUGGUCAGAUUUAGAUGAACAAUUCUCUUUCGAUGCUGUUUUUGAUUGCAUUAAAGAUGAUUCACCAUUUGAACCUCCAAAGAAGAGUCACCACAAAAAUUGA